CGAGAGCUAGCGAAAAGUAAUAACUUGGAAAGAUUGUUAGGUUAGGAAAUGCUCGCGGUGCACACGGCCAAUUCGUCUUAGCUACAAAUGGAUCCGAAAUCCUGAUUUAUCGAAAGCAAUAAAGUAUCCGAAUUAGCCAAUAUGUUUAAUCGAGUACUGCGGUGUCUGACGUUCGCGAAAAAGCCGCUGAGCAUGACAACAAGACGGAACUGCAGACCGGCAAUCGAGGGCCAGCUAAGUGCCUGUGACACUCUCCACACGUCGAACAGACGCUUUUGCACGAAAGUCGACAAGACAUCUGCAGAAAGCGAGGCGUAUGAGAGUCUGGAGGAAAAUGCGACUUUAGAGAUAAGCAGCGAACAGCUUGAGGCAAAGCUGAAAUCGAACCCAGAGUUGGAGAAAUUUUACAAAGUGCUCCAACUCGAAACCGAGGUGAUGAGACAGAGCGGCAAACUGGUACCCAAGGUGCUGAUGCCUGAACAUUGGUGGAAAUUGCUCAAUAUGGAAUCGAGAUCUCGGAGAAGUCGAUAUCUGACCUUCCUCUUCAAACUUGAAAAAAAGAAAGAGAACUUUGCAAUGAAGAAAGCAGUGGCCAAGAUACAGAGGGAGCAGAAGAAGCAGGAAUGUGACAGCGAAGAAUUUAACGAAUUUUCGUACGGGCUAUUCAGAAACACAAUUUUCAUGAGAAUAUACCCAUCAGCGAUAAAUCACUUCUACCACUCGCGUCUGAUGACGGCCAAAAUCCAUGGUCCUGAGUUGAUAAUAGAUGUUGGAUACGACGAACAAAUGACACAGCGGGAGUCCCUCGAAUGCGCCAAACAACUUAUCUACUUGUUUUCAGAUAAUCGCACACUUCGAGAUCCCUUUUACCUGAGUUUUUGCAAUGUAAAUAAAUCUUCGUUACUUAUGAAAAAGUUUUACAAAGCUAUUCCCACCGCCGAGGAUUAUCCACUAGACAUUAACGAAUGCUCGUAUACCAAGCUUUAUGACAAAAAUAAGCUGGUUUACUUGACGCCGCAUUGCCACACAGAGAUGACAGAAUACGAACCAGACUCCAUCUACAUAAUAGGUGCAAUGGUGGAUAAGUCAAACAGUCAGCCGCUCUCCUUGGCAAAGGCGAAAAAAGAGGGUCUCAGAAUGGCAAAAUUCCCUCUAAGCAAGUACUUGAUUUGGGGUAACGGUGCUAGCAAACGCUUACCGCUUAAUCAAGUGUUAAAAAUAUUGGCGGACAUCAGGACCACUGGAGAUUGGAAGAAGGCCUUUAAACACAUCCCUACCAGGAAGGUGGAACAAGCCCGCAGCCUUGUACAGGACAACGAAGACUACUAUCCACCUCAAAAUCCCACAUGGGUUACUGCUGAACUGCAGAGAAAACGUGGAUAUCCGUUGGAAAAACCCCCUGGCCUUGCACAGUACAACAAAGGUUACUUUCCACCUCAAAAUCCCACAUGGGUUAAUAAUGAACCGCAGAAAGAACGUCGAUAUGUGCCUAGGAAAACGAAAACAGAAAAUUGGCAGAACACGUCGUACACUUAUGAAAACAGACGAAAAAAAAGUUAUUAAUAAGUAACCGAUUGUAAAUGCGUCACCAGAAUUGUUGAUUAUGACGAAUAAGAACAAUAUACUGAUCAUUAGUACAGAUGGGCUAGCACUUAUUUCCACCUUCGUAUUAUCAAUGAACUUCUGCUGCCCAGUUACCUCUAGUAAAAAAAAAAAUAAAAAACCUGCAACAAAAAUGAAAUAACUUAGAUAUAUAAUUCAAUAAUACCAGAAUAUAUUUUUAUGUCUUGUCAGUGUGCGGACACAAUUUUUUUUCUAAGGCCCCCAGAGGUACAAUGGUUUUCUAGAUUUAUUAUUUUAGCUGCGAUUGAUAUGUACAAUUUUAAAUCGUGUCUUUUUUUUAAGUCACACAUUGCAGGAAGGAUUACUGCGAAGAGUGAAAAAAAAGCACAUGUCUGAUCAGUCUUUUGGACGAAAAGCUACUCGAAUAAAAUUACCAAGCUUAGAAGAAUGUGAGCUAAUGUCAAGAUAAUACAACACCAUGGCGAUUCGACACUUCAAAUUUUAAGUAAAUAGGUACAUACAAUAUCCUAAUAAUUGGUAAUAGGUGUGAUAUCACUUGUCACCCCAGACAAAAGUUUUUCAGGGAGAUACGGUAUAGACUUGGUAAGAAUUAACGAUUAUAAAAUAUACUCGCGUAUAUCAAUAAUUUCAUGAUAAUAAAUAAUAAUAAAACAAUAAGCCCGAAGGGGAUGCGUGCUGGAAAAUUUCGAGUCACCUUCUAAUAAUAUUUUUCCAAACGUAUCAUCACCC